AUGCCUAACUUUCCAUGGACCAAGUCGAACCGGUCGCACCAAUCUGUCGACAAUUCCUCGUCAGGGCAGCAUUCGCCUGUGCCAUCUGGUAAGGAACCUUUUGGCCGGCCAAUCGUCGCCCCGGCUGACGGUCAAGCGCUGUCAGUGAACGAACAGGUCGCAGGCCAGCAGCGAUACCAAAAUCCAGACGGCAGCCAGCCAGCACCUGUGCAGAUUCAGCAGCCGCCUGUGCAACCACCGCAGCCUCAAUAUAGGGAGCAGCAGUUUCCCCAGCGCACCACGAGCCACAGGCUGAGCGCCCAUCUCUCCCUGGGCCAGUCGUCGUCGCCGUCAUCGCCGCCGCCGCCGGUGCAGAACUACCAGCAACAAGCUGGGCCUCCGCCCGCAUCUGCUCUCGAGUCGCCUCACCGCGGUGCCUAUCAAGCCCAGCCCUCGCCCGCGGCAUACGUGCCCGAGCCCAAGAAGCAGUCGCUGCGCAGUCGCAUUGCAGCCGGAGUCAAGGGCCACAAGGACCAGGAGGCCAAAGCACAGAAGAACGGCCUGGGUAGACGCCAAUCCGUCCGGAAGAGCGACCCCCGUGUGCAGGAGUACCAAGCGCAGGAAGACAGUCGUGCGCAGCAGUGGCAUCAGCACCACCAAGGCUCGACGUCCCACCUGCCCGCCUCCAACGAGCAGGACGAGGACAACCUCGACCCCUUCCUCCAGAAAGACGACAACGAGACGCCCCAGGUGCCGCCCAAGGACAUCCAAUACCAGCAGAAGCUGCAGCAGCCUCAACAACAAUUUGUGCCGCCGCCGCACCAGGAACAGUACAAUCGGCCCCCACUUGGCAGGGUAAGCACCGAGGGCAGCUAUUCGACCCAAGGCGGGGUAGAUCAAUACAGCUCUGAGAAGCAACAACAGCAACAACAACAACAUCAACAGCACCCACAACACCCACAACACCACCACCACCACCAGCAACACCAAUACCAAACCUACCAGCCUGCCGCUCCACCCCCACCCCCACAGCCCGCGACCGACUACCAGGCCUUCAACCCGCAAAACGUGCCAAGCCCCCUCCUCCAGAACGCUCAGCCGCAUGGCCAAGGUGGGCAGGUACCACAGGACAUCCCGCAAACUUACCACCUGUACCAGCAGUCGCUAGAAAGUGCCCACCAAAACACUCUUUACCCACAGCAACAGCAGUUUGCGCAGCAGCUUCAGCCGCACCAAGACCCACAGCAACAGCCUCAAUCUGUGCGACCAGCCUCACAGCAUCCCCAGAUUGCGCAAGAGGCCCAGAAGAUCGAGUCGCAACAACGCCAGCCCCCUCCGUCCCACCAGCUGGCCCCGCCGUCUCCCCUCCAGCCGCCGUCCUACCAGACAUACGACGCCCAGCACACGCAACCGUCCGAUCUCCCACCGACAAACAUAACACCCCCACACCAGUCGCAGGACAACAUGGCACCCAGUGCUCAGAGCAAUGCGAGGAACACGCUAAGAAAAGUGGUCGACGGCAGCCAACCGCAGCCAGGGCAACCGUCCCGAGAGUCAUCCCUACUUUCACAGCCUCCCGCUCAAGGUCAGCCAUUCGGUCAGCCGCCUGUCUCGCCGGGCCUCGCAACAUUCGACGCUAACGUCGUACCAACAGCUUCACAGGGGCAGCCAUAUCGCGGCGAGAAGCAGAGCCAACAGGUUUCAGAAAUGGGACGGGCAACGCCUCCGCCAAGAACCUCCGUCGCCGAUAUGACAGAGGACGAUGUCGAGAAGCUGCAAAAGGAGCACGAUGUUUUGCGCGAAAAGUACCAAAAGGUCAAGCGAUACUUCUUCGAGCAACAGUCACAGGUUCACCAGCUGCAAAACACCCUCGCAAAUCAGCGCUUGUCGCUCUCCCGCACAUCUUGGGACGACAGCGAAUACGCAACGCGCUUCAAUCGAUUGGAUGGAUUGAUCGCACAGCUAUCCUUCUCCAUCCGCAAGGAUUGGAAAACCAUACCGCAGUGGUUGCAUGUCGUGGUCAACAAAACUGCCGUCGAGACAGGCAAGCAGGAGAUGACGGCUGUUGGCCGUGCCUUCAUCUCGCACUGGUUGGUAGAAAACAUAUUUGACAAGUACUUCCAUCCGGACCUAGAGCCGGGCUUUUCGACACAACUGCAAUCGAUCGUUUCGAAUAUCCGCAAGUUCUCGCCGCCUUGCCACAGCACCGAAGACGAAGACACACUUGCCGCGAAAAUCAUCAACUGGCGGCUGGCGACACUGGAAGGUCUGGCAGAUGUGUUGAGAGCACCACAAGCUACUUCCAAUCGCGAGACGCUGACUGAAACACUCAAUGAGAAACUCAUCGCGUCUCUCCAGAUGCACUUGAACGACCCUGCGCCGGCAGACCUCAACGGAGGCGUGCCUAUGAUCAUCGAACUGGCCAUCAGCAUUGCUCAGCAUCUACCGCUUGAGAGCCGCGAAGUACAUAUUGAGUACUUCCCUCCGGGUCACGGUAUCGUCGCCGACUUUAUGAAGCUGGAAUCCGGCAUCCCCGCAUUAACAGCACCCAUUAUGGAGUUGGAUGACGCGGAUAGAGCUUCGAUCAGAAGCAUGGCAUCUAGACCUGACGACAACAUGUCCAUUGCCGAACAAGAGCAAGCACAGCUACAAGGAGGCCAGCCGCAAAAAGAAGAUAAGAAGCGCGGUAUGUUCGGAUUUGGUGCAUCAAAGAAGGCGACGGCUUCUCCUGCCACCCUGGGCAAGCGAGAAUCGUCUCUCGGUCAAGGUGGCAGCCAGCAAAGUCUUACGCAACAUCCACCGGGCAGCUCCGGGGGACCAAAAGAUGAGUCUCCACCACCACGCGUGCGCAUGGCCGUCGGUGUCGCGGUACAGAUUCGUGGAAAGAGCAUCUUGAUCAAGGCUCCAGUGUACAGCACUUGA